AUGAAGAUGCAAAAUAAAAGGAAAUUGUUCAUUUAGCUGCAAAUGUUGCGAUGCAUUUAGGAUAAUGGGAUAAAUUGGCCACAUAUAAUGAAUGAGUCAAUGCUGAAGAAUCAGAUAAACCAUUUUGGAAAGCAGCUGUAUGUAUAUCUAAAAGAUAACUGGAUGAAGCAAAAAUAUAAGUAAGGAAAAGUAGAGAGAGAUUGGAUGGUUUAGUAACAGGAUUAUUAUAGGAAUCAUAUGAUAGAGAUGGAGUAUUAAAAUUGUAAUAGUUAGUUGAAAUGGAGGAGAUUAUAGAAAUCAAAUAAUUUGAAAAUAAAGUAUAAAAAGCAGCCUAAGAGAAUGUAGGUGAAUAUUCUUAUAUUAAAUUAUUGGAUGAAUUAGAAAUUCGUAAGAAAAAAUUAAAAAAUAUAUGGCAUGAUAGUUUAAGCGGUGCACCUAAGGAUAUAGAUGUUUGGUAUCGUUUACUUUUAACAAGAUAAUUAUAUUUACCUAAAAUACAUGAUCUUGACAUUUGGAUUAAAUUUGCUAAAUUGUGUUUAAAGAGAUAAAAAAUGGUUCUUUGCAAAUCUACUAUUGAAAUAUUAAAGGAAUAGUUUCAGAAUUAAGGUUAAGCUCCUUUACCUGUAACUCUUCACAUUUUCAAUAUGUAAUUUGAAUAUUCACAUGCUAAACAUGAAAUCCAAAUUUUAGAUUAGGUUCGUAAAUAUUUCACAAAUUAGGAACAAAUCAGUUCAAUUGAUUCUAAAUUAAAAGCAAAGACUUUUUUUACUUUAGGAAAAUGGGCUUAUGAAAGAGCAGAAUCUACAAGUGAUUUAGAAUAGAUAACUAAAUAAUUUGAUGAAUCUUUAUAAUAUAAUUCAACUUAUGCAAAAGCAUGCCAUUAUUAUGGUUGAUGUAAUUUUAAAGUUAGCAAGAAUCCAAAAUUAAAAUCCGAUAAUUUAAUAAUUAUUAUAAGAUUUAUUAAUACAUAUCAGUCGUAUACAUCUAUAAGCUCUUAUUUAUCCAUUAACUGUUGCUUGUAAAUCAAAAGAUUAUAAGUUUUAAAGAUAUUAGAUGAUAUGAAAAAACAUUCUCCAAUUCUGGUUAAUGAAGCCUUAAUAAUUAGCGAAGAACUAAAUCGUACUGCUAUAUUAUGAAAAGAAGCAUGGAGAGAAGGUAUUUAAGAAGCAUGGACAUCUUUUUCAUAAGAUAAAAAUAAAACCCAUGUAGAGAGAAUUCUAAGAGGUUUAGAUGAUAAUAUGAGAGUUAAACUUGAAAGUUUAAGUCAAAUCUCAUUUCGUUAAACAUAUGGAUAACAAAUAUUUGAAGCCGAAGCUUGGUUACAAAGAUAUUUGAGAACAGAAGAUUAAGUUUGUUUGUGUGUUGCAUUUGAUAUCUAUACAAGGAUUUAUCAUAAAGUUUAGAAAAAAUGAAGAAAGAUCAUCUUAAAAAUGUAUCACCAAAAUUGUUAGCCACUCAAAAUUGUGAAAUAAGCAUUUCUGGAUUAUAUAAACCUAAUAAAUAAUUAAUUACAAUCAAUGGUUUUGCACCAAGAUUAGAUGUUUUAUCAAGUAAAUAACACCCAAGAUAAGUUAAGAUGUUUGGAAAUGAUUCAAAAGAGUAUCAUUUCUUAUUAAAAGGACAUGAAGAUUUAAGAUAAGAUGAAAGAGUGAUGCAAUUAUUUUCUCUAGUAAAUCGUUUACUUACUAAUGAUACAGAUCUUACUAUUACAAGAUAUUUAGUCAUACCUUUAUCUUAUAAUACUGGAUUAUUAGGAUGGGUAUAAAAUUGUGAUAUUUUUUAAUAAUUAGUUAGAAAGUAUAGAGAUAAAUAUGUUAUCAGACCUAAUGCAGAAAGCACUUUAAUGGAAUAAUUCUGUGCUCAGUAUCAGAACUUACCUUUGCCUAACAAAGUUGAGAUUUUUAGACAUAUAUUAGAAAAUACAAGAGGAGAAGAUUUAUAAAAAGAAUUGUGGAUAAAAUCGUCAAAUUCAGAAGUUUGGCUUGAAAGAAGAAUUAAUUAUACAAGAUCUUGGCUACAAUGUCAAUGGUUGGAUAUAUAUUAGGAUUAGGUGAUAGGCAUCCAUCGAAUUUUAUGUUAUAAAGACUAGACUUACUGGUAAACUUGUACAUAUUGAUUUUGGAGAUCGUUUUGGUAAUACAUCUUAAUUUUAUUAUUUUUAAUAGAGGUUUCAUUGAAAAGAGAGAAAUAUCCAGAGACAAUACCAUUUAGACUUACAAGAAUGUUGGUAAACGCUAUGGAAGCUUGUGGUAUAGAAGGAGUUUAUAGACAUAUUUGCAAUGUUGUUAUGAGAGUAUUAAGGGAAAAUAAAGAGUAUUAUUAAUUAUAUAGUUUAGAUCUCUAUUGGCUGUAUUGGAUUCAUUUGUAUAUGAUCCAUUGCUUACUUGGAGACUUUUGCAUGCAUAAGAUCAUAAACCUAAAAAAGAGGCUAGAAAUGUAGAUUUACACAAACAAAUCUCAUAAUAAAUGAUCAAUUAACUUAAUGAUAAAGAUAUGAAUUAGGGAAAGAGUUUAAUUUAGGCUAUUCCUGAAGUAAAAAGAAGGGGUAGUAUAAUUGAUGAUGGAAAACAACAAUAAACUUUAAAAAGAAAGGAAAGUGGCAGAGAAAAGGAAAUAUAUUUUGAAUUUGUUGAUGAAGAGAGAGAAAUACCAGAUGAUUCAUAAAUUAGAAAGGUUUAGAAGUUAUUGAAAGAAUUAAAAAAAAAUUAUAAGGAAGAGAUUUUAAAGAACAUGAAGUGUUGUCAACCGAGAAUCAGGUCAAUCAAUUCAUACUUUAAGCAACUAAUCAUGAAAAUAUAGCUUAAGCUUAUUUGGGAUGGAGUCCAUUUUGGUGA